AUGUCUGCCCCUGUUCCUGAAAAGGCCCAGAACCAAUUAACCCCAACCAGCCAUGUCCCCGCAACGUCAGGCACCACGCUCCUGCCGCGUCCAUUUGCGUCCCUAGUAUCUCUGCUGACCCAAUCCACUUCAUUAUCCCUGCGCAUCGGGUCAUUUUUCGGUGGGGUAGCGCUCGAUGGCGCACGAGCGACCACUUUAACUGGUCUUGAACUGAGUCGCGCUGUUAUUGAGGGGAUUCUCACGCGCGCUGGACGCGAUGUCGCGAUACGUAGUGGGGACGAACAUGGUCGGCUGGAGGCAGAGUCAUUAUUAGAGAAGAGUUUAGCAACGCUACAUACAACAGUGACCUCGGCGUCUUUUUUCGCUGCAGCGACCUUUCAUUUCUCGUCAACGACGCUGGCAUCUGUGACGAAUUUCUCUCAGGCUCUCUUGUCAACUUUGGAUGCGAUCUUGGGGUCCACUGAGUCUUCGAGGGCGAUUGCGGCGAUCAUCACCCUUAUUCGACGCGAGUUCAGAUCCGUGGAUACCCUCGGAAGCACUGAGAAGAUUGGUGUUGGGGAUCUCCUCAUUGGCUCGGUGGGCUUUGCACUGCUACAGCGCUGGGGAAAGAGAAAUACCGAAAGAAGCCUGCGAGAAAAUGGCGGAGAUGAAAUCAUUUGGGAUACCGUCAUUCUUGAUAAUGGGGCCAGGGCCGAUGUGGUUAGAACAGAGGCGCUGCAGCUUCCGAGUGACGAGCGGGAAGAUGUCUCAGAGGACCAUGAUGGCGCCUCCUUUGUGAUGCCUGGUAGUAAUGAUCAACCCUUCAGUGCUGUUCAGCGACGUCCGAGCACUGGGGAUUCAUUCGCAGAUUCCCAUCUGUCUUUUCCAAUGAAUGGACAGCAGGCCUCAGAUGAGGAUGUCCGAUCUUACAUUAUGAGUCAAUUACCGCAGGGCUGCCAUGCCUCCAUAAGAUCUGAGGUUUUGACGGCGACGACAAUUACCGUUGAUAUUUUUGAUGAGGAUGUCGCUGAGAUUACAGCCCCUCCUGGGACGACAAUGGUUGAAGAACGAUUUCACCAUCAUGAUUACGCUAGCCCGAGUGUGCCAGCUUAUCAUCAACUACCGAAGCACACAGUAGUGUUUCGGACGGCCCUCAACAAGUCACAGAAUACGCAGCUACGACCGCAUAGCUCUACCGAACCUGAUCUUGAGCCACCACCAUUACCAGAACGCCCAUCUUUGGGAAAGCAUCCUAGAGCCAAAUCACAGGACUCAUCCAGCGAUGCCACUAUCAAGGAUGAAAGUCGGGCCCCAGGUCCGACAUCUAAUCACCGAGAGGGCCCUGCUGGCAAAGGAUCCUUGGCCAGAUUUGCUCAACGUGUCAGGCCCACUGGUCAAGACAAGACGGACAGUGCGAAGCGACAACCUCCUAGGCGACCCACUGUCAAAGUCCCAGCGCCAUCCGAGGCAGUAUCAAGUCGAGCCCCUAUCAAGCCGCCACGAGGACCACUCUCUGUAAAAAGCACAACCGCUAGAGAAACCUCUGCGCGGCCGACUCAUAUUCGACCAUCUAGCCAUGCAUCCAAUUACAGUCCAUCCAUCUCUGCCCCAAAUCGAGGUUUACGGCGAUCGCCUUUACCGAAUUCACCUCAAAGCUAUUCUCCACGCUCUCAAGCCAAGCCUACUCCGCCUCCUCGGGGUGCACACGACAGAACAAACUCUAGGACAGGUCACUAUGUAUCGCACGAGAGAAGUCAAGAGUCCCUUCUCACUCACACUGAUACAUUCUCACGCCGUGGUUCAGACUUUCGUCCAGGAUCCCCGGCCACCCCUCGUGCUCAUAUUCGAAGUAGCAGCUCCUUGUCAGUGUCGAGGUCUGAAACUGAUGGACCAGUUUCAGCGACUGAUACCCGACCGGGCUCCUCGUCAUUCCAUACCCGAUCACAUUCAUACACGCCAAGUAUGUACUCAGUCGCAACUGCGGACUCCGAAACGUCUAUCCUGCUAGCUCAUCGCCCACGCAAAAGCGCGUAUGAAGAUUUGGAGACUAUCCGAGCCCUCAAUCGCGAUGGAAUGGUUCCUGGUAUCUUCCCAGAAAGACAUUUUGUUCAGAACGUUCGCCGAUUUUGUCGCUUCUCGUCUGCCUCAUAUGGUUCAAGUGCCUUGAAGGUCAUGGGAGUACACAAAGAUGCGAAGAAUAUCCCACAUCAAACAUCAGACAGCCAUGAGCACAGCGCAUUCGAGCAUAAUGCUGGUCUUCCAGCAUCGACAAUUCUUCUCUCCUCUUUCGUGGACCCAGCCGGUGGAUCUAAUGCAGCUGGUGAAACAGAAAGUGGCUUUCCGCUCGUGCACUAUCUAUCCAUUGAUCACGAAUCAAAGGCUGUAGUUCUCACCCUCCGUGGGACUUGGGGCUUCGAAGACAUCCUCACAGAUAUGACCUGCGACUACGACGACCUCGAAUGGCAAGGUAAAAACUGGAAGGUACACAAAGGCAUGCAUGCAUCUGCAAAGCGUCUCCUCGAAGGUGGCGGCGGCCGCGUAAUGAUCACCCUUCGCGCAGCUCUAGAAGAGUUCCAAGACUACGGCGUCGUUCUCUGCGGCCACUCGCUCGGCGGUGGUGUCGCCGCCCUGCUAGCAACCAUGAUAGCUGAACCCAGCACCAUUCUCACCGGCACAUCCUUCGUCACAGCAUCCUAUCAACAACCUACUCAACACCGCCUCCUCCCCUCUGCCAACAACACCGACAGCAUUCCCAUCCCCACCCCAACACCAAAACACUACGAUCUCCCUACCGGUCGCCCAAUCCACGUCUACGCCUACGGUCCGCCCGCCGUAAUGUCCCCAUUCCUCCGCCUCGCAACCCGCGGCCUAAUAACAACCGUCGUAAACAGCCAAGACGUAGUCCCAAGCCUCUCCCUCGGUAUCCUCCACGACAUGCACACAGCAUCAACACUCUUCAAAACAGACGUCUCCGGCGCAAAGUCCAACAUCCGCCAACGCCUGCACUCAAGUCUCCGCCAAAGCAUCGUACACAAGUUCUACGUGAACCAGCCCCCUCUCGUCGUGAAUGCAGGCGAUGGCGUCGGUGAAGACGCAUGGGCGUGGAGAACUCUCGCACUAUUACGUGAUGAAAUGCGUGCGCCGAAACUUAUGCCGCCUGGUGAAGUUUUUGUAGUUGAUACUAUGCGCGUCUUGCAGAGGGAAGCUUUUACGGUGCAUUCUUUUGGAAGUGAUGGGUAUCCGAGACUCGGGAGGCCGGCGACUCGUGUGCAGAUGAGGUUUAUUAGAGAUGUAGAGGCUUGGUUUGGGGAGUUGAAGUUUACGUCGGGUAUGUUGAGUGAUCAUAAUCCGGCAAGUUAUGAGGCUAGUCUUGCUGCUUUGGUGAGGGGGGUUUUGGAUGAGUGA